GAGGAGACGAUUAGUCGGUGUUAAAGACAGGAUAUCACGACAGAACCGGCUAACCUACGCAGCUUUUGCGUCGAAAGCAAUGUUUUCGUAAUGGAUACAACUUUGAUGACCAUGCGAACCGACUCCAAAGAAUAUCAGAAUGGGCACAAGGACGUGGAUCCAAAGAGCAGUGACGACGAGCCUCUUCUCAGACAGAACAAAAAGCGAUUCGUCAUCUUUCCGAUUCAGUAUCCAGACAUGUGGAAAAUGUACAAACAAGCCCAGGCAUCGUUCUGGACAGUCGAAGAGGUGGAUUUAUCAAAGGAUCUGGCCCACUGGGAAAGACUGAAGCCUGAGGAGAAACACUUUAUAUCUCACAUCUUGGCUUUCUUUGCAGCAAGUGAUGGCAUUGUCAAUGAGAACUUGGUGCAGAGGUUCAGUCAGGAGGUGCAGGUUCCUGAGGCUCGCUCUUUUUAUGGCUUCCAGAUCCUGAUUGAGAAUGUGCACUCAGAGAUGUACAGCCUGCUGAUUAACACAUACAUCAGGGAUCUAAAGGAGAGAGACUACUUAUUUAACGCCAUUGAAACCUUGCCUUAUGUGAAAAGAAAAGCUGAUUGGGCUCUGCAGUGGAUCUCUGACACAAACUCUACCUUUGCGGAGCGAUUAGUAGCGUUUGCAGCAGUCGAAGGGAUCUUUUUCUCAGGAUCGUUUGCUGCCAUCUUCUGGCUGAAGAAAAGAGGUUUGAUGCCUGGACUCACCUACUCCAAUGAGCUCAUCAGUAGAGAUGAGGGUUUGCACUGUAAUUUUGCAUGCCUUGUAUACAGCCACUUGCAGAAAAAGCCGUCAGCUGACAGAGUGAAGGAUAUCAUCACUAAAGCGGUUCUCAUCGAACAGGAGUUUUUGACUGAGGCUUUACCAGUUGACCUCAUUGGGAUUAACAGCUAUUUGAUGAAGCAAUACAUCGAGUUUGUGGCUGACCGGUUGUUAACAGACUUAGGAAUACCUAAAGUAUACGAAGCCAAAAACCCAUUCGAUUUCAUGGAGUUCAUCUCAUUGGAAGGAAAAACUAACUUCUUUGAGAAGCGUGUGGCUGAGUACCAACGGUUUGGAGUGAUGUCAAAUACAAUGGACUCUGAAUUCACUCUCGAUGCAGAUUUUUAAAGCUUUAUACCCUUAGAAAGAGUCAAUUUCUUUCUACUAGAAGGAAUCUACCUAAGGGAAAAUAAAAGUAUUUUACAGAUUAGGUUACACUUUUACAAGCAAACUUAAUAAACUGUGGCUGCAUUCUUUUAUUUACUUUCUGGACUUUAAACUGUUUUUAUUAAAAAUUUCUUAAUUAGUGAUGAUAAAUGCUAAAAGCUUCAGUUUUCAUAUUUACUAGUCUGAGUGUCUAGUGAAACGGUAAUUAUAUUUGGUUUUGGUUAUUUUAUAUUUAAGAAUACUGACAAUAAUAUAUUUUACUACACAUUGUUUUCUUUUAAUCAGCUCAGUGUGUUCUUUAAAACAUCUAAUCUGGGUGAUGAUUAUCUGUGUUACAUGAAAAUAAUGUAAUGUAAUGUACUGACAUUGGAAACACCUGUUAAUGGUUCUUCGGUUUAUUGUUUUACAUGGCAACCAUUGCUUAUUUUGCGAAGUGUAUUUUAUGUAUGGUAUUGUUCAAGUGUAUUCAACAAAAUGUUAAAAAAAAAACAUUCAAUAGAAAUUUGUAGAAAAUCUUUGAUCAUAAAUGUGCCUUUUUUUUUUUAACCUGCUUGGUUUUAUUGCACUGACUCGGAGUCCAUACAUCCAUCUAUUUUCUGUACUGCUUAUCCUACACAGGGUCACACUCACACACUAAGCACAAUAUAGAGAUGCCAAUCAACCUACCAUGCAUGUCUUUAGACUGGAGGAGGAAACCCCUGAAUCACAACGGGCGGAAGUGGGAUUCGAAUCCCCAACCCCGGAGGUAACGUACGCCCCAGUAACGUAUGUCAGAAACCUACAUUAGAUCAAACUAUGUGACUCCAUCCUUUGCACAUGACUCAUUAAUAAAUAUUAGUAAUAGAAACGGGGGAAAAAAUGCACUCAGUUGCAGACGCUACACUGCUGAUGAAAACAAAAAGGGGGAAAAAGUAUCAAAUAAGCAGCAUGUUAUGAGAUAUAUUUUUACAAAUCCUGUAUAUUACAUAAUAAUAGGCUUUUUUUUUUAAAAAAAAGUUAUGUCUGAAAAUUACUGGUGCUUAUUAAGAAUUUUUAAUCUCAAGCACUCACAUUAAAUCUGUGGUAAAACAUGCAUCAGUUGUCAUUCUUAGGACAAUAAUAAGAAGUAAUAACGGUUAAUACUUGUGCUUUGUUCCUUUAAACACAAAGGUAAAGACUGAGAUGAUAAAACUGGGUUUAUUGAAUCAUAAGUAAACAAGUCGCCUUUAGAGACCAGUGUGUGGUGUUGGUACGAGUGGAUCAGGUGCAGCAGCUUUGCUAGGUUUUCUAGACACUCACUGACUACUUCUACAUUGUUGGUCCACCUCUCAAGUGUGUUAGUUAUAGGCUGCUAUUUGUCCACUGCUGUGUUGAUAAUGAUUCACCAUCCAUGUAAUAUGUGUUUAGUGGUGGUCCCUUUCCAUUAAUGGACAGAGCAUAGAGGGACUUACAAACUGUGCCUUUCUGCACAAUGUUUUGUGACUUUAUUACCCAGUUAUGGAGUUCCAUCAAUUUAAGCGUUAGAAGUGAAAACCUUGACCAUACCUGUACGUAUUCAAGUGAAUUACCAAACAUUAGAUGUAUAUGUGUCUGAAUUCCCAUGGCUUAUUUAGUAUGUGGGAAACAUCAUAUGGAGGAAGAAUUAUGUAAGGAAUGACACACA